UCACAUAAUUUCAUGACGCAAAACAAAAAUAAUAAUUUGAUUUUUAUUUAUUUGCAAUAUUUAAGUUUAAUUGUCUUCGCUAAAAUACCUACAUAAAAAUAAAGGAAAUCCUGUUCUGUGGCAUAGCUAUCGAUUGUGUGAACUAAGAAUUUUUCCUUGUUUAAACUUGUGAAGUCUAAGGGGUCUAAUUUCUAUAAAUAAUUGUGUAAAUAAAUCAAAUUUGCUCUUUCUCCACGAUAUGGAUUGCGUUACAGCAUUAAAGAUUCUUGUAAUAGGUGAAAGUGGAGUAGGAAAAUCCAGUAUCAUUUUGGCAUUUACGACAGGAAGCUACAAUGCAUCAUUCCCAGCAACAAUUGGUGUUGAUUACAAAUGUAAAGUUAUGGAAGUGAAUGGUCUAAAGGUUAAGCUUGGUAUUUGGGACACGGCUGGUCAGGAGAGAUAUAGGACAUUGACCAACAGUUUUUACAGAGAUGCACAUGGAGCAAUAUUAGUAUAUGAUGUGUCAGAACCAAAAUCAUUAGCAAAAUUAAAUGAGUGGGUUGAAGAACUGCAGGUGUAUUCAACAAAGAAAAAUAUUGUCUGUCUUGUUGUUGGAAACAAAAUUGAUAAGGAUCGAGUAGUGACACGGGAGGCAGGGCAGGCGUUUGCGCAGAAACACCGAAUGUUGUUCAUUGAAAGCAGCGCGAAGACACAGGAAGGCAUCAACUUGGCGUUUGAAGAACUUGUACAAAAAAUUAUCGAAACACCUGGUCUUUGGGAGUCGUCAGGGUCAUCUUCGAAUAUUCGUAUCUCCAACGAAGAGCGGAGACAGCAAGAGUCUUCCUGCUAUGAUUAUACAUGUUCUAUAUAAUAUUAUUUUAAGGUUGGCUCGAUUGGCUAAUAUUCCAAUAUACUAAAUACAUAGUUUACACCACGGUUUUAUUCACUUCGCUUUCACCUCAAAUCAUAAAAUCAUUUUCAUUCAUUUUACUCGUAUUGUUAAGAGAAUUAAUUGGAUUUAAUUAAUCUUAUGUUAAAAAAAUGUUUAUAAAUUGUGUGAAGGCAUUUUAAUGAAUUUUUAAUGUUCUUGGGGAUUCCUUUAUUUGUUAUACAAUAGGUGUAGAUGCAAAUAUAUUGUACGGUACCAUACAUUCGAUUAUACGGGAUUAAAAAGCAUGUAGCUUGCACGAAAAACAUAAUUUUCAUUUGAAUAUCCUAAAGCCAAUCUAAAGGUAUGUUUUCUGUAAAUAAUUGUGAUAUUUAUGACAAUUGUAUAAUAACGAUAGCUAAUAUAGAACUGGAUUUAAUAAAGUUAAUGCUUUUUAAA